UGCAGGCAUAAUGAGGUGGAAAGAGGUUAUAUUUAUUUUCGCACUUUGUAUUUGUGCGAACUCGUCUGUGUUUGCGGAUUUGUCAUGCACGUUCGAUACGACAACCGAAAAAUGUUACACACAAAGUACGUCAGAUGAUUUUAAUUGGUCAAGGCUGAGCGGUGCAACUCCAUCGACGGAUACAGGGCCAGAUUUUGAUCACACGUGGAAAAAUAAAACCGGUUUUUAUAUGUACAUCGAAGCGUCGACUUCCGGUUUGACCAGCGGAAAUAAAGCUCAGAUUGUUUUUACCUCUCAGCCAUACUCCACUCAAGAAAGCUGUCUAACUUUCUGGUACCAUGCAUACGGCGAAACUUUAGGUGGCCUUAAUGUGUUUGUGGAACAGCAAGGAUCUCAGUUGACAAGUCCGAUAUGGCAGGUAAAUUCCAAUCAAGGAAACCGCUGGUUUAGAGCUGAUGUAAGUAUAGAAUCUGGUAAUCCGUCGUUGCUUUGGGAAACAACAUUUGAGGGAGUUUAUGGCACGAGUUUCUACGGAGAUGUUGCAAUCGACGAUGUGACGUUUUCCAGUUUACCUUGCCUUCCGUCAGGAUCCUGUGAUUUUGAACACGAUUGGUGCGAUUGGGUCUCAGACUCGGCUUUGGACUUACAGUGGGUACGAGCAAGUCAGACAACAUCUCUUAACCCCGGGCCAGCGUUUGACCAUACAAACGAGACAGCCACAGGUAUGUUUCUGUACAUCUCGCCGCAAGGACAGCAAAAAGGAGAUUUUGCACGAGUUACAUCAUACCUGAUUCCUGCAACAUCACCUGAUACGAACAUUUGUCUUAGCUUCUGGUACUAUAUCAGCGGAUCUAACAUUGGUUCGUUAGACAUACUACAGCGAAGCAGCGGUAAUAUGAUGGACGAAAGAGGAUCUCGUGUGUGGAGGAUUGAAGGUGACCACGGAGAUCAGUGGAUACACGGGCAAGUUUCUUUCAACAGCACUACGACGGAUUUCAGGAUUGACAUCGAAGCGGUCUUGUCUAUCGGCGACCAAGGCGCAAUUGCGCUGGACGAUGUUCAAGUUACCCAAGAGAAUUGUGAAGUUUUGCCGUCCGAAGCGCUCCAAACACGAGAUGGACCCUUUCUACUUUAUUCCAACAAUUUUCCUACGUACGCUGUUGACGUAAACGAUGACGACGAAGCUUUAAUUGUAAAUAAUGCGGGCCAUCGUUUCUUUUUGGUCUCACCUGGGCUGAGUGGUACCUCUGGUUCUAUAUCAUUUGAGUCAGAAGUGAACCCACACUACUAUCUGCGCCAUCAAAACUACAUUCUGUACCUACAUAAGUAUGAUACUACGGACUUGUACAGACAAGAUUCCUCCUUUAUUCCACACGGUGACAAGUUUUAUAAGGUAGUUUAUAUUUUAGCAUUGUUAUAA